AUGAACAGAACUUGGCUGUUUGAGGCUCCUGAGGGAACAUUUCAACACUCCACUCUGCUGUUAGAUGAGCAUGAGGGAAGACUGUUCAUUGGGGGAAGAGAUUCUCUCUACUCCCUCAACCUGGACAAGAUCAACACAGCCCACAAACAGAUCUAUUGGCCCAGCAGUGCAGAGCAGACAGAGGACUGUUUAAUGCAGGGCAGAGAGAGGCCGGAGUGUGCGAAUUACAUUAAGCUGCUUCAGCAGUAUAAUCGUACUCACCUGUUGGCCUGCGGAACAGGAGCUUUCAACCCUGUGUGUGCCUUCAUCAGAAUUAACGACGGAGUAGAGGGAGACAAAGUGUUUAGAUUGGAGGCAGACCACUUACUCAGUGGGAGAGGAAGAAGCCCGUUCCAUCCAAGCAGUCCAACAACCUCCACAAUAUCCAGGAGAGAGCUAUAUGUGGGCCUUUAUACUGAUUACUGGGAGAAUGAUGCAGCGCUCUGUCGCCUAGGCGACCACAGCUACACAAGAACAGAGGGAGAUGACAAACAGCAACUGAAUGAGCCGAAGUUUGUGGGGUCGGCCGUGAUCCCUGAUAACGAUGAUCCGGAGGACGAUAAGGUGUAUUUCUUCUUCACUGAGAGAGUGAUUAGCGCUGACGGAGGGGGGAGAGCCGUCCACGCCCGCGUCGGCCGGGUCUGCGCGAAUGAUCAGGGAGGUCAAAGGAUGUUGGUGAAUAGAUGGAGCUCAUUUCUGAAGACUCGUCUGAUUUGUUCAGUGUCAGGACCCAAUGGAAUCGACACUCAUUUUGAUGAGUUAGAGGAUGUGUUUGUUCUGAAGAAGAGAGACGAGAAGAACCCAGAGAUCUUUGGUUUGUUCAGCAGCACCAGUGCUGUGUUUCAGGGCUAUGCUGUGUGUUUAUACAAAAUGGAAGAUAUCAGAGCAGCUUUUAACGGACCGUUUGCUCAUCGAGAACAUUCAGAUCAUCACUGGAGUGUUUAUGAGGGGAAAGUCCCUUAUCCAAGGCCAGGAUCGUGUGCCAGUAAGGUAAACUGGGGUCAUUUUUCCAGUUCUAAAGACUUUCCAGAUGAAGUUCUGCGGUUUGUUCGUUCUCACCCACUCCUGUUCCGGCCGGUCCACCCGCUGCACAAACAGCCGGUUCUCCUGCACACGGCCGGGGAGAGGAGACUGACACAGCUGGCUGUGGACAGGGUGGAGGCAGAGGAUGGACACUACAACGUCCUCUACAUUGGCACGGGCGACUCGGUGGUGCUCAAAGUAAUCACCAUCUAUAAUAAAGAGGCAGGCAGUGUGGAGGAAGUGCUUCUGGAGGAGCUGCAAGUCUUUCACGUUUCUGUACCAAUCACAGAGAUACUCAUCUCAUCGAAAAGGCAACAGCUGUAUGUGGGGUCGGAGGUGGGUGUGGCCCAGGUGCGGGUGCAGCAGUGUGACCUGUACGGCUCUGCGUGUGCAGACUGCUGUUUAGCCAGAGAUCCUUACUGCGCGUGGGACGGACACACCUGUUCACGAUACGACCCCGCGGGACUGUACACCAAGAGGCGUUUCAGACGGCAGGAUGUUCGUCAUGGUAACGCAGUUCAGCAGUGUAACGGCCUCCAGAUCAGCGGUAGGUUAUUGAUCAAGGAUGUAAUAGAACAGAAGCUGCUAUACGGCGUGGAGAGUAACAGUACUCUCUUGGAAUGCAGACCCAAAUCUCUACAGGCAUCACUGCUCUGGUUCAAACUCAAAGGCACCAAUACAGAGGAGAUUAAAGGUGAUGAGCGAGUGAUUCAGACCGCUCAUGGCUUGCUCCUGCUGCGUGUGCUGAAGUCUGAUGCUGGGGUAUACCUGUGUCAGUCCGUGGAGCACGGAUUCGUCCAGACGGUGGCCAAGCUUAGCCUCGUGGUGCUAAACGAGGAAAAGGUGGAGUUCUUCCAUAGAGGGGCGGAGCACGAGGGUGUGGCCCAACCCAGAGCUCCGCCCUGUCCCACCCCCAGCCUCUCCACUGGCCCCACCUCCACCAAGCUCUGGUACAAAGAAUUUUUGGAUCUGAUUGGCUACAGCAACUUCCAGAGGGUGGAGCAGUAUUGCGAGAGGGUGUGGUGCGUUUCGGAGAGGAAGAGGAAGAAGAUGAAGUCGAUGCCUCCCAAGUGGCGUUUUUCCCACAAUGCCGAGCGGCAGGGCAAAUCGCGGGCACCAAGGCACACCAGAGACCACUCAGCAUCAUAG